AUGAGCGUCAUGGCAAACAAAGCUUACUACAAGGAACGAAUCCGAAAAAUGCAGAAAGAGAUUGACGAGGCUGGCAAAGAAUCCAAGGUUCUAAAAAAUUUAGACGUCUUUGUGUUGGACAAUUCCCUCCGUGAAAGUACCGUGGGUCAGUUGCGUGGGCAUACCAUAGAAAACAAAUGGAAAAUUUACAAGGAGGUGGGUACAUUAUGCUUCAUCCUUGAGUUGGAUUUCCAUUCUUCUGUUGUCUGAAAUGACUGCGAAUUUGUAAAAAAUAUUAAUAAAGGCAUAACAUCAUAAUGACUCAACGCUUUGGAUGAAGAAGCUUACUACUAUCAACUGUCAUCAAGAAAUGAAAGCUGGAGUUGUAAGCGUCAACAAAAAAAGAUCCAGUUUGCUUAAUCUAAGAGUUAAGCCUACAGGCGUGCCAAGAGCCACUUGAAUAAAAUUUUCAUGCAAAUUGAACCUUCAAAUUUUGCCCAAUGCUUGAGAGCCUCAAUUCCCACACAUUACGUCGAUUCAGCAUCUUCGGAGUACCGUGACGUUAUUUGUCUAAUCUAUGCAUGUAUUUUACGUGUUUCCCAAUCAAUGAUUAAAUGCAACCGUUUUACACGAUACGUCGGUGUAGCUUUAGUUAUGAUAAUUUGCCGAAAUGCUCCAUGUCAUAACAACACAUUUGAAAAAUUCCGGAGAGGAUUGCUUUGAAUCAACGGGUGUUUAAUAGGAAGGACUGUGGACAGAAUUCUACCGUCUCUCCGCUUGAGAGGCUCAGCGGGAGCCUUUAUCAUCGAAACAAAUUUCAGCUGUGUUUUAGCGUUUCUAAACGUUUUUCCCUUGAUUCUUUUUCUAAACUAGAUCAAAAAAGUCGGCUUCAAAGACAUCAUCGUCGCUUCCUUCUCCCACAUGACUCGCCUGGGUGAUACUUUCAUCAAACAGCUACACGAUGCAGGAGAAGACUUCACUAAUCUCUGGGCCUUCACAGAGUUACUUGAAUCCGUUGACAAAAGUGGGGUUCCUGAUACCGAGACCGUUCCUGUUGGCUUACGGAAAAUGAAAGAACUCGGCAUCAGGAACGCCAUCAUCGAAAUGGAUUUGGUUUACGUAGGGAUCAAUUACAAGAAGUUCAAAGUUGAAGCUAUCAACGACCUUCUUACCGAGAGAUUGAAGUGGAUCCAUGCCAACCUGGCUAAAGAUUCCAAGGUGGUGGUCAACUUGCGCGAUCUUCCCGACGGCAUGAUCAAAAAGCCAAAGCGUGUUUUCAAGGUCAUCCGUCAUUUAUCUUCCUUGCCCCUAGCUAUCCGUCCAUUUGGAAUCGUUACCGAGGAGUCUGGAAAAUACUUCCCAGAGCAGCUUGCAGCGUGGAUAAGAGCUGUUCGAAAAGAAAUGGAUGAUUGUGGUUUCAAGGAUGGUCACUUGCUGGUUCACGUGCACGAAAAAUGGGGACACGUGGACACCACUCAGUUGUCAUGUUUGGCCAACGGAGCAAAUGGUAUCUGGGCAAGUAUGAUUAUACAAGGUGCAUCCAUGGGUGCAGCCAGUUCUACCGUAACCCUGAUGAACCUGGUCCGCCUUGGAAACAAGAAAGUUCUCAAGAAGUACAAUUGCACAGCCCUCCGAGAAGCUGCACAAGAGAUCUGCAGGGUCACCACUGGAUACGAGCCAUAUCCACUGCAACCCAUAUACGGAGAACGAGCCUUGGACAUGGUGUUCAGUAUGCCUACCAAACUUGGAAUAAACGAGUUCGACUUGGCGAAGUUCUUUGGGGAAGAGCCACUGAUGCGAAUGACCACACUGGCCUCUGCUGAAAUGAUUGUAACAAGGCUCAAAAAUCUCUUUGGAGAAGAUCCUCAAUUUACCAUCGAACGAGGCACGAGAAUGAAGGAGGUGAUGUUGGAAGAUCUUCACAAAAACAUCAAAGAAGAGUACAUGAGUGCCGCAGGCCUAUCUAUGCUGUUCGAUCGUUCUGGUGGUCAUCUCACUGAAAAAAUGGCCGAAGUCCUAGCCAAGGAGGAACCAACGAGGGCCCAUGCUCAGGUAUUGAUAGCUGAGAUCCGUGACAUGUGGGAUGAAUGGGAUUUGAGGGACGGCCAGCGAGAUGACAAGCUGGAAUUUGAUGCGUUUUACAAUGGCUUCUUGGCACCAUACUUUGGUUGCUACAGGUGCGACGAGACGAAGCAAGCCUUGAAAGCUAUGGAUAUGGAUGAAGAUGGAACCGUGGAUUGGAAUGAAUUUGCCGUGUACUUGAAGUGGGCCAUGCGACAAUAUCCUGAGACCAAGACCUCUGAAGAGCUCCUUUCUGUUGCCUUCCGCAAGGGGCUCAUUCCGGCCAUGCAAGACGAAGUGAUCAGGAAGCAGGAAUGCGAGCCCAUGGAAGCAUAA